AUGGCCGAACAAUUCCGAAUGGGACCGCGUUGGGAGAGAGGCCGCAUCCCCUCCCUCACCCUCCUCCACCCCGUCCCCUCCGCCACCACCACCACCACCCCCACCCCCUCUGAUCUUGAGAGAGGGGAUUCCUCUUCUUCCCGCCGCCGCUCCUCCACCGCCGCCAUCGCCAUCGCCACCGUCACCGACGCCAUCACCGCGGCCUAUGCCGCCGUCACCGCCCCCGCCAUCAAGCACUAG